GUAGAAUCCAACUCAUCUCUGCGUAGAAUUGUAUCUUUAACGUUGUUUAGUGUCACUAAUUUUACGUAUCUGACUGUCCGUCACUGCCUAAUUGUUUCGGCGGCAACAUUUACAAGAUACGGCAGAGAAUAAACAAAGUGUCAAAUGGCCUCGGCUGCGAUGUCACCGACGGAAGAUGACGAGCUCACAUUACCUCGAGCAUCCAUCAACAAGAUGAUUAAGGAGAUCUUACCCCACGUGCGCGUAGCAAAUGAAUCGAGAGAGCUCUUGUUAAAUUGUUGCACUGAAUUUAUACACCUACUUUCAUCCGAAGCGAAUGAGAUCUGUAAUCAGCAACAAAAGAAGACGAUAAAUGCAGAGCAUAUUUUGCAAGCGCUGGAGAAGUUGGGCUUUGGAGAUUACAGUGCAGAAGCGGAAGCUGUACUAAGAGACUGCAAAGCUGUGGCAGCUAAGAGGAGACGUCAGAGUACGAGACUGGAGAACUUGGGAAUUCCAGAAGAAGAACUUUUACGCCAGCAACAGGAACUCUUUGCCAAAGCUAGAGAAGAACAAGCAGUUGCGGAGCAACAGCAAUGGCAGCAGUUACAAGCUGUCGCACAAAUGGCAUCGAUGCAGCAAGCGGACAGUGAACAGGAAGAUUACUCAUAAAGAUUUCAAAAUGAUAUUCAUUUGAAAGAGCAAACAUUAAGUUUUCUAAUUAAAGGAAAAACAAUAUCGAGAGACCUGUGAUUACAAACAUUUAAGGGAGAAUUCCAUGUGAGAGCUUAGGUAGGAGUUAAUGUUAAAAUUCAUUAUAAUAAGGCCCAUAUAUUGCAAUCGAACUGCUAUUAUGAACAACUUAGGGGUAUUAGUUAGAAAUUUUGAUUCAAACACAUGAAAUAAAAAUGGUACGAUGCAACACACUGACAGUUGACACUUUGUUAUGCCAACGGAUAUUAAUAAUUUCAUGAUUGUGAUCAGAACUGGAUGGAUGUAAUUUAAACCAUGUUACUGCUACUUAAGAACAGAUUUAUACUGUAUAGCACACAAAUCUAGCUAGCUAUAAACUUUUGAAUUGCAGAUUUACUUAAACAAUUAACGUGUUACAAUUAAAAAUGGCCUUUGUGAAUUCGAGCUCACCAAUGAAAUCGCUUGUAGAAACUUGAGACACGUCAACCCUAGUUUAAUAUUAGGGCAUCAAUCUUCCAUAUUCGGAAGAAAGGUGGCUCUUUUUUAUAGCAUCCAUGACUUUAGAUACGUAAUGAUACCUAGAAGUAGAAAAUGCAAUUACCAAAAAUGUGAAUAAUCGCGAUAUUAUAGAAUUUUUUUUAACAAAAA